CUUCGCCUGUCGAGCCCAAGAAAAUUCCAAUUCGAGUCCCGAGCUCAACCUCCAAAUCCUCCCCACUACUCCGUACGCCAGAUACAUACCACAGCCAUGCCUCCCCGGAUACGCAGCAGCAGCCACCAACCGCAGCAGCUUCUCAACUACCUCGAAUCUUCGCCUUCCUUCUCUCUCUCGCCUGCCUCCGCCCUCGCGCCAUUACACAGGCCGACACCGACAACGACGGCGACGAUCUCCCCGUCACCACCGCCAUGCAGUAGACGGUCCUUUUCGGCGACGCCGGCGGUCCAGUUGACGCGCAUGCGACGCAAAUUCAAGGACUGGUGCGUCAACAAUGCCCUGUUCCGGGAACCUUCACCGGACGGCAGCACAAACUAUGUCAGCCGGGUGAUCUCCCAGUCGGACUGGAACAAGGUCUCGGCCGACAUGCCGUUCCCCAACAACCCCCAAUUCCGCAGCCAGCCCGUGCUCUCGGAGAAGGCGCGCGAGAUGAUCUGGGAGGCCGUCAUGGUCAAGGGCAUGCCGCUCAAGGCCGUGUCGGCGCAGUUCCAUGUGGAUAUGCGCCGCGUCGCGGCCGUGGUGAGGAUGAAGGAGAUUGAGAAGAAAUGGGAGCGUGAGAACAAGCCCAUGGCGUACCCCUACGCGCGCGCCAUUCUGGGCAUGCUCCCGCGCGCGAACUUCCUCCAGGGCGAGCCGCCGUUCGAGCCCAUCAACGACAUCCACGUGCACAGCUACACGAUGCAGCAGCUCUUCGUGCCGACGUCCGAGUCGCGCGAGUUCACGCGCGCAGACGCCGCCAAGGCCUUUGGCGACCACAUCCUGCCCCCCGACGACAAGAUGCGCAUCCCCGAGCUGGUGGCCAUGGAGCGGAAGAUUGCCGACGGCAUGGAGCCGCGCGAUGCGGAGAGGGAGUUUAUCCGCGAGGCGCGCGAGAGCGAGCAGGCAUUCGCCGCCAAGCAGCAGGCGCGGCUGCAGGCCGCGGAGGAGAGGCGCAUCCGUGUCGACUCGGGCCGGGGAAUCGAGUUUCGGUUCGAGAAGAUCAACGCCGAGGAUGUGGGUCCCACGGGCCGGUCGAGGCGGGGUGUGGGUUGGCGCUAUGGCGUGCCAUUUAUGGAUCGCAAGAGAGGCCAGGUCAAGAUUCCCACCAGUGUGGAGUGAACUCGAGGAUGGGGUUUCAGCCACACGGCAGGGGUGUGGUUUGGUUUCUUAUGGACCGAGCCGGUGUAUCCAGGGCAAUCUGGCAACCAGCGGUGCCAACGCUUGUAUGAUCUCUUAGUUCUAUCUAGACAAGGUAUGCAGAAGGCGGCCUUGUGGUGUAUAGCGGUCUAUAUCUUGUAUCAUAGCAACCUUGGAAUUCAAGUAGCAACUACAGAUGUGGUUUCUCCAGGAGGCCGGCGUGGCUCCGCCAGUCUAGUGCCUUCUCGCCCUCGGCAAGGUCGACGACAAGGUUCUUACGGAGCUGCUCGACGGUUGCCUGGGAUAUGUGGAGCUUGUCGAGAACAUAAUCCUCGACGGAGCCGUACUCCUUGCGAAGGAACUUCAGCGUC